AUGCAGUGGGAUCAACUGGUGGUGGAGGAUCGGCAGAUGCUGGAGGGGUGUAGCAUAAUGUUAAUUGAUAUGAUUAUUGAGCAGGCAAUGGCUUCGCAAUAUGUGGCUGAGGAGUCAGUGCCCCAAGAGGAGAAAAGUGGAGCUAAGAAGGAGCCAGCAGUUAUAAUGAGCAAGGUGGAAUUUAAGAAGAAG